GGGCGAGAAGACAAAAGCAGCAAGUGGUCCCCAUGGGGAAAGGGGGCGAGCAAGGCGGGGAACCGGAGCCCCAGAUCCGCUUCUACACCUGGGAGGAGAUCCAGAAGCACAACCUGAGGACGGACAAGUGGCUGGUGAUAGAGCGCAAGGUGUACAAUGUCACCAAGUGGGCUACCAGGCACCCGGGGGGGCAACGAGUCAUCAGCCACUGUGCCGGCGAAGAUGCUACGGAUGCAUUCCAGGCCUUCCAUAUCAACCCCACCUUGGUGCAAAAGUUUCUCAAGCCAUUACUUAUUGGAGAGCUUGCUCCAGGGGAGCCCAGCCAGGACCGAGAUAAGAAUUCCCAGCUGGUGGAAGAUUUCCGGACCCUGCGGAAGACAGCAGAGGACAUGAACUUGUUCAGAGCAAGUCCUUUGUUCUUCUCUCUUUACUUGGGCCAUAUUAUUGCACUGGAAGUUUUGGCUUGGUUAAUGGUGUCGUACUGUGGCACUGGCUGGAUCACAACUCUCAUCCUCGCCUGCAUCCUUACAACUUCCCAGGCCCAGGCAGGGUGGCUGCAACAUGAUUUUGGACAUCUCUCUGUCUUUAAGAAGUCUUCCUGGAACCACAUCGUCCACAAGUUUGUCAUUGGGCACCUGAAGGGUGCCUCUGCAAACUGGUGGAACCAUCGUCACUUCCAACACCAUGCCAAGCCCAACAUAUUCAAGAAGGACCCAGAUGUGAACAUGCUGCACAUUUUUGUCCUCGGAGACACACAGCCUGUUGAGUACGGCAAGAAGAAGCUGAAGUACCUGCCUUACAACCACCAGCACGAGUACUUCUUCCUCAUCUUCCCACCUCUGCUCAUCCCCGUGUAUUUCCAAAUCCAAAUCAUCUCAACCAUGAUCAGGCGCAGGUUCUGGGCGGACCUAGCCUGGGCCAUCAGCUACUACAUGCGCUACUUCAUCACAUACAUCCCAUUCUAUGGUGUUUUGGGAUCCCUGUGUCUCCUCACUUUUGUCAGGUUUCUGGAGAGUCACUGGUUUGUGUGGGUCACCCAGAUGAAUCACAUUCCGAUGGAAAUCGAUUCUGAGAAGCACAGAGACUGGCUUAGCUCCCAGUUGGCAGCCACGUGCAACAUCGAGCAGUCCUUUUUCAACGACUGGUUCACCGGGCACCUGAAUUUUCAGAUCGAGCACCACCUGUUUCCAACAAUGCCACGGCACAAUUUCUGGAAGGUGAAACCUUUGGUGAAGUCCUUAUGUGCCAAGUACGGAGUCCAAUACGAGGAGAAGCCUCUUGGGAAAGCAUUCGUAGACAUUGUUGGAUCCCUAAAGAAAUCCGGAGAUCUGUGGCUGGACGCUUACCUCCACAAGUGAACACGAGUCUUGGUGGGGAGGUGUGAGUGCCAGGGAGGGAUGGG